AUGCAUAGAGAAUUCGAUUUUAUACGAGAUAUUGCACAAAAUAAUGACUAUCUAUUGAAUUUUGUCGAGUGUCAAAUAAGACAUACACAAAACAGAUACAUGGAAAAACAAAAGAAAAUGGCAACUAAUAAUAUUGAUAAUAAACUUAGUAAAAUAGAGGACUCUAACAAAGAUAUAAGUUAUGAUAGAAUAAUGGUUAAUGUUCCAUUCGUUGGAAAAUCCACACAACAAUUCACGAGAGAAACAACUAAACUUAUUAGGAAAGUUAAACCUAAUACACAAGUCAUAGCUAUUCCAAGACUACCAAAGGCUGUACGACAAUUCUUUAAGAAUAAAGAUGACAUAUCAAAGGAUCUUCAAUCUAACAAUCUAAUAUAA